AUGAAUAGAUUACCAAGAGUUUUCAGCGUGUUUAAACGUGUACAGAAGAAUUCUUUUGUCACCGGAACUAUUGGAGCGGCUGGAGUAACAACUUUAAUGUUUUCAAAUGCUUCAGUUUAUGCAGAAGAACAAAAUCCUAAAAAAUUAAAAAUUUAUGAUGAUGAGGAACCAGAAAUAGUUUUGGUGGAAACAUCAACUAAAUUAGAAGAGAGCAUUAGAGAUACAAGAAUUAAAAUAAUAAAAUCUUCUAAAGAAUUGGAAAAAAAGAUAAAUAAUAUUACGGAUAAAUGGAUAGAGAAAGAAAAACAUGCAGAAAAAUUAUUGAAAGAAGUAAUCUCUCCUGAUGAGAAAUUAAUGCCAAAUGUUUUAUACAUUGCAGUUGCAGGUUUAGCUGGUACAAUUGUAGCAAGAAACAGUAAUGUUUUGGUUAGAAUAAUUAGUCCAUUGUUAUUUACUGUCUCAUCAUCAUAUUAUUUUUUACCAAAAACCUCAAGAAACAUUGCAUCAAAACUUCAAGAAUAUGAAAAAGGUUAUCCUGAA